AUUGCUAUCAAUAUUUCAACAUUAACAAUAGCUGAUCAACCAAUUGUUGAAUUACCUGGUUUAGGUUUAAUUAAAGGUUUUAUGUCACAUACAGCAUGGACUUUCAGAGAUUUUUAUAAAUUUUUGGAUAUAAGCUAUGCUGAAUCACCGAGUGGUGUUAACCGUUUCAAACCUCCAAUACCAAUUAAACCGUGGAAUGGAACAGCAGAUGCAACAUCAGAUGGAAUAGGAUGUCCUUCGGUAUAUUUUCUACAAUUAGAAGAAUCAAGACUUUUCACUCGAAAUUUAACAAGCAUUUUAAAAUUAGAUUUGGAAGAUUGUUUAAGUUUAAAUAUUGCAAGUCCGAAUAUUACAGGAAAAUAUCCAGUGCUCUUCUAUAUACAUGGUGAAUAUUUAUUUGAAGGAACAAAUCUUGAAGGAGCACCUGAAUAUCUUUUAGAAAAAGAUAUUGUUGUUGUAACUCCACAAUAUCGUUUAGGACCAUUUGGAUUUCUUUCAACAAAAACUGAUGAAAUUCCAGGAAAUGUUGGUGUUCUUGAUAUUAUUUUAGCAUUACAAUGGGUAAAACAUUUCAUAUCAUAUUUUGGAGGUGAUCCAGAUAGAAUUACGAUUAUGGGACAAGUUGGAGGUGCAGCAAUAGCUAAUUUAUUAACAUUUACACCUGUGAUUGGACGUGGUUUAUUUCAUCAAGUAAUUUAUUUGGCUGGUUCAGCUGUUAUGCCACUUUUCGUAACUGAAAAUCCAAUUAAAUAUGCGAAAGAUAUUGCUUCAAAAGCCGGUUGCAAUACUAAUUUCGAAGAUGUACAUGAAUUAAAUAAAUGCUUCACAGAAUUUACAGUGGUAGAAUUAUUAAUUGGAUUCUAUGAGCAUGUGUUGGAAAAUUCCAAUGGUAUUUUAGGAGAUGCUGGUGGAAUGCAAUUUACAAUUGGUGGACCAAGUCCAAUUUUACCAAAACAUCCGUCAAUUUUAUGGGCUGAAAAUAAUAAUAUUUCAUAUCCUGCUUUAGGGGGAGCUCCUAAAAAUGCUGGAUCUAAAAUUUUGAAAGCAAUUUUUGAAAAUGAUUUCAAUGGACAAAUACCGGAAAACUUUGAUUCAGAUGAUUUCAUUGAUAUAGUUAUUAAUCAGAUUUAUGGAAAUGAUCAAAGUGGAAUUUUAAAAACAUUUGUCAAAAAUGAAUUCUUUACUGAAGAUAUUCUUAAAAAUGGAAGUUUUAUAGCUUUAUUACCAGGAUUAAUUGAUUUGGCUGGAACGAUAGCUCAUAAAAUUCCGGUAUUACAAGCGAUUAAUCGUAAUGCAAAACAUUUGCCUGACAAAUCGUACUUAUAUUCAUUUGAUUACAAAGGACAAUUUAAUAGAUACUCAGAUUUCGAUAAUGAUUUUGAUUUAGGUACACCAUUUACAGCUGGUGUUACUUUAACCGAUGAAAAUAUAUACAUGUUUCCGUAUCCAGAUCAUGUUGAAGAUUUAAAUAUUAUUGAUAAAGAAAUGGCAAAGAAAUUUAUAGAACUUUGGACAUCUUUUAUAAUUGAUGGUAAACCAGCUACUAUUGAUGGAAUUGAAUGGCCACCAGUACAACCUAAAAUGAAUGUUAAAACUAAACCUGGAAAGGAGAACCUGGGUAUGCCUUUAAGCACCCACAGGCUUCUGCUACGCAAUGCAACAGUAGAACGUAUCAACUUCAGAUGGGUGAAUGGAACAACAUGUAACGCGACAAGUGCCUUGGCCGGUUUCUUAGGAAGUCAGGCUGGUUCUAAUGAAGGAGAUGGGAAAGAUCCGGCUGCAACACAACAAAGGUGGCCUAAGUGCACUCUUCGGGACGUCAUGCAACCUGAAAUAACCUAA